AUGCUACUUGUAAACGUGCAGCGCACACUUCAUAUCAGAGCCCUGAAGCUCUGCAGCUCAGGAGGACCUCCACACGUGAAGCUCAUCAUCGAGUGGGAGCACAGAAUCAAAGACUGCCUGUUUGGUAACAUUCAGGAGGAGGUGGUGAAGGACGCAGACAGUGUGAGGAAUCAGCAGCAGCAGCACGUCCAGCAGUACAGCUGCACCCUGGAUGAGUGCUUCCAUCUCUACACCAAAGAGGAACAGCUUGCCCCAGACGACGCCUGGAAGUGUCCCCACUGUAAGCAGCUGCAGCAGGGCAUGGUGAAGAUGAGCCUGUGGACGCUGCCAGACAUCCUCAUCCUCCACCUGAAGCGCUUCAGGCAGGUGGGUGAGCGGAGGAACAAGCUCACCACGUUCGUACAUUUCCCUCUGGCGGGUCUGGACAUGACACCUCACAUGGUGAGCCGCAACCACAGCGCCCAUCAGCCACCUCUCCAGCCUGGCUGGAAACAGUCCCGACGACCCGACCUGGCUCCUCCUGACUUCCUGUACGAUCUGUAUGCUGUGUGCAACCACCAUGGAGGGAUGCACGGCGGCCAUUACACAGCCUUCUGUAGGAACUCAGUGGACGGGCAGUGGUACAGUUAUGAUGACAGCAGUGCUGAGCCGGUGCCAGAGGCGGAGGUGUGCACACGUGGAGCCUACAUCCUCUUCUAUCAGAGAAGAAACACCAUACCUCCUUGGUCUGCCAGCUCCUCAGUCACCGGUUCCACCAGCUCAUCCGCGUCUGACCACUGGCUGGUCAGACUGGCAGGGGACAGUAAGAGGGGCAGCGUGGUGUCAGGAGGACCCAUCCCUGGACCUCCAGGGCCCACACAGGCCCCUGAGUCUCCUGAGCUGCCAGUGUUUAGAGAGGAACCCCCCAAAGCAGUAGAAACAAAUGGGUUCGAAGCCAAACCGUUUGUCCGUGGGAGCCAAGGCAGGAGCGUGAGCAUGAGAUCACCAACGAAGCCGAAGGAGCCUCUGAGCAAAGUUCUGCCACUGCGGUGGUCUUUUGGCUCCAAGGACCGCAUCAGACACCCGGCCCAGACCCAGCCUGGAGAGCUGGUGGAGUACCUGGAGUCCGGGCGCCGCCCACGAUGUACCAAAGACCCGAUCAUAACGCUGGUGGCCACGCCGCCACAGAGGAGCGCCCAGGGAAGAGCCUUUGAAGUAGGACAGGACUGCAGCUCACCAAGCGGCAGCAGUCUUAGUUAUACAGACAGACCCAGCUCCGACACUUGUUACUCCCCCAAAAUACCAGAGGGACAAAGCAGAGUCUGUCUGGAGAGGAGCAUGAGCCAGGGAGUCUGUAACAGCAGCAGCGUCAAAGUCAGAGAUGAUGGUUCUCUGAGGCAGAGGUCAUCUAAGAGACUGAGGCAGGACCACGGCAGGACCAUGGACCUCCAGAUGCAGCUUCAGAGACAGGCUAUUCUAGGGGAUCACAUCAGCCACAGUGCACCUCCGAGCAGAGACUCCACACUGAGAAGGACCAAGGUCCAGACAGGGCCGACCUCCAGGGCACAGAAAGACUUUUUACAGAUGGCCAUUCAGCCUGAGGACAGGAAGGGACAGAGAGGUCAGGAGGGUCGCAGCCACGACAGCCUCUUGUCUUUUUUCAAACCUGGUUUCAUGAAGAAAGACAUUCCUGGGUCACCAAUCAAGGGACAAGACCGGCGUCUCAACGGCCACGGACAGCUGGGAAAGCUGGCAAACUGUAAUUUAGCCAAACUGUCCCUCUCUAACGGAACGCUGACCACGGCAGCCCCAGACGAGAGGAAGGCCAACGUCAUCCCGAGUUGUGACGCCCAUAACUGCAAAGUCCAGCUGCUCAACGGAAAGGCUGGGAUUCAUGACCCUGUAGACAUUAAACGUGCUCACAGCUCCAGUAACAUCCAGACGAGGCUUGAUUUGACAUUUCGCAGGUGUGCCUCGCUGCAGAGGAACGGCGAAAUAAUGGCUCCUCCAGCCCACCGCAUCCUGCUGUCUGACAAGCCCAGCUACGCCACUCUGCAGCGGACACGCUACAGUACCACCUCCCUGGUGCCUCUGUGACAGCCCCGAAUGACUGUUGAACACUAGGACCUCUCUACUGAUUUCUACACUCGGCACCUAGAAGCUCACAGCAGGAGGCACCGCUGGAAACCAAGUCUAUCUUCUCGCUCCCCUUCAUAGUACUGUUAUAAGUUCUUACCUGUGUGUGUCUUAAACUAAAUCUAUGCAGAGUUGAAUUUAUGAGGAGAAAUACUGCUGUAAUGUGAUUUUCUUUUUUUGUUUUUUCCUCAUUUUGUUUUACAAAGCAGUCUACUGUUUAUUCACGGUUUUAUUUCUGAGUUUAUGAUCAAUAUUUGAGAAGAGGAGGGUGAUUUGGUGAAUCUGCAUGUUUCCAGCCCGUUAUGCAUCCAUAACACCGUCAUCUGUUACCUGGGCUCAAACAUGUGAAGCUGUUAAACACUGCAGAACCUACUAACACCUGCACUGUAAAUUGGCUGCUAUGAAAACAUUCAUCAUUUGCUUUGUCAUUCACCAUCACUGUCAUGUGAGAUUACAGAUGCACUUUCUUUUCUUUUAUAAAUCCAUAUUUUGCUGCGUGACCAGAGCAGCAAUAACACCGCACCCAAAUUGGAAAGAAGGUGUUUUUUUCUGUUUCAGAUAUUGAUUAAAUAAUUAAUCUAAAACAUACACAAACAGACACUAAUCAGCAACAGAGGUUUGUGGAUGUACACUAGAUGAAAUAGAGGAGAAUCAAGGGGAAUCUCCUAAAUAAUAAAUGUUAACUUUAAAGGUGCAAUGUGUAAUACCUGGCCACAUGCUCACAACCAACAGGGGGCAGCAUUUCACCUCUAAGUCAACUACAACUAACAGCAGGGCAGGGAGUUUACCAAAAGAUAUUUGGCCAAAGAGCUGAGUUGCAGCCGAGUGUGAAGCAGUCGGGAUGAAAGUCAGCACCUCCAAAUCUGGGGCCAUGGUUCUCUGCCGGAAACCAGUGGAUUGCCCCCUCUGGGUUGGGAGAGAGUUACUGCCCCAAACGAGGGAGUUCAAGUGUCUUGGGGUCUUGUUCACGAGUGAAGGUAGAAUGGAGCCUGAGAUGGAUCGACGGUUUGGUGCGGCUUCUGCAGUGUUGCAGGCGCUGCGCCGGUCCAUCGUGGUGAAGAGGGAGCUGAGCUGGAAGGUGAGGCUUUCGAUUUACUGGUCCAUCCACGUCCCAACCCUCACCUAUGGUCAUGAGCUCUGGGUAGUGA